AUGGCCACCGAAAACGACUCUAGCGUUGUAAAAGGUCACUCCAAGCAAGAGCCUACAAUCCAGACCGAACCAGAAGUCAACAGUAAAUCGCUAGAGAAUACUGCUAGAGAGACCAAGGUCGACAGCCGUCCACUGGAGAGUGACAAAGCGCUCCCUGCAGAGUCCAUCCCCAAUCCAAACCAGAGCAGCUCGGAAGGAACCAAGUCUGCUGAAGACUUCAAAGCCAUCGAUCCUUCAACUUCUCCAGAACAGGCCCUCGCUGGGGCUGUGACUGACGCUCAACCACCAUCUACCGCAGACACCGCGCAAGCAGGAGACAAACAAGAGCGCAACCCGUCUUCGGCACCGGCCCAUGAUGACAAAGCUGUCCCUGGAGAAUCCACAGAACCCGCACGUAAGAAGCAAAAAAUUAGCAAGAGGAAUGGCGUGGUCGAAAACGGUCAACCAGCUGCCCCGGCCACCGGUAGUGAGCAAAAGUCAGGGCGCUCUAAGAAAGUGAAAGACACAGUGAAGCGUAUAGUUCAUACAGAUGGUAUCGGGAGUCGGACACGCAGUCGGACCAAGGCUGCAGCGACUUGA